AUGGAUAAAUUUUUUUUUUUUUUUUUUUUCCUUUUCUUCUAUUUUGAGAUAAGCUUUUGUGAAAAUGAUAAAAAAGAGGAGCUUUUUUCUGACAAUGAACUACAAAAUAUAGGUGGAAGUGCAGGUGAUAUUAUUUCAAGUUCAUCAAGAGCUCCAUUGUCAAAAGGUUCUGACAACGUUCCCCCUAAUGUGGAUAUAGCAGGAGAUUUAUUAAAAGUAAUGAAGCAUAUUCCUCCACCAGAUGUAGAGUUAAAUGAGGAUGAGUUCAUUGAUCCUGAAAUUGUUUGUGAACGAGACUAUGACAAACCUUGUCCUAAUGAUUAUAAUUAUCUUGGCUCUGUUCAUACUGAUGAUGAUGAGAUAUGUGCUCCAUCAUCAACAUAUGAGGGACCUUGUAGUGGUGAAGAGUUAAAUAUAAAAAAUAUGUCUGAAAAAAGAAAAGAAAAAUGGUCUAUUAAAUGUGAAACAUAUUGGCCAUGCAAAAGAUGUGUGAGAAAUUAUACAUCCUUUUGUCCAGAAAAAUGGUACAAGGUUAAAGGUACAAUGAGGUCAUGCAAACCGCUAGAUGAUUAUACGGGCCCCUGUAUAUUUGAGAUGAACUUCUCUGGUUAUAAUAAAAGAAUGUUAGAAGAUUGGAGUUUGAAAUGUAAAGCCUGGUGGAAAUGUGAUCAUACUAUGAUAUCUUAUGAAUGUCCUGAUAUGGAUGUACCAAUUACAGAGGCCGCUACAAGGUGGAGGUUGAAGAAAAAUUAUCAUUGA